CAGACUAGAGAAUUUGGGACCAACAGCGGGACCAGAGGAAAACUUCGAUACGACCACAUCGAAAAUAGACAAUUCGCUAUAGAGCACAUACGAGAAAGAUGUCGAAAGGAAGGAUGGCCGACGGCCUACGGGUCAUGAGCUCAUACUUCAAACGGUCGUUCAAAUACGUGGCCGACGAGGCUGUCGCAGCAAUAAAAUUCGACACGAGUUGGAAAAAGGAGAUGCCGCUGUUCCAAUUCUCGACCGUGAACGAUCUGCAGGACUGGGUGGUCGGCUCUGAUGCGGAUAUUGGGGGCUUGUCGGAGGCGUAUUGGGGGUUGACGCCGCAACAGACUGCACUGUUUUGGGGAUCAAUAUCAACGCAAAUACCAGAAGGUGCCAAGCUGGAACGGAGUGGCUAUGCUGGAAUAAGAUCACAGCAACGCCCCCUAACCCUCUUCCACCACCCGCGCUAUGACACCACCCUCUUCCGCUACCUCGCCAUCCGCGCAAAAGGCGACCAACGCCAAUGGUUUGUGAAUCUGCAAACUGAUAGCAUUUAUCCGACGUAUCUAUGGCAGCAUCGGCUGUACUUUCAGAGACCGGGGGAGUGGGAGACUAUCAUGAUCCCCUUCCGCGACUUCGUCCUAACCAGCAACGGCUACGUCCAAAAACGGCAACUCACGAUGGACCGCUCCAAAAUAAAAACAGUCGGGUUCUCCAUCGUCCGCCAGCCGGGCGACUACGCGUUGGAGCUCGACUGGGUCAAGGCCGUCAACUCUACACGCACGUUCGGCGAUUACGAUAUCCUGGACCCGGGCGAGUAUAUUGACCCCGAGGGGAAUUUGAGGAAGGUUGAGGGGGGGCAGACGUUGAGGGAGGCGCUCGGGGCGCAGAUUCGGAUUUGGCCGGAGAAGGAGGGAAAGGGGGGUGAUAAUUGAGGUGGUGAUGAGCGUAUUUCCUCCUUUCGGCGUAGUGGAGAACGGGCUCCACUUUGGUAGAUUCUGAGCGACAAUCCCUCUUGGCGCCUUCCAGUCGGCGGAUCUCC